AUGCGUACUUGGUAUGGAAGCGGUCGGUCCCUUCAGGAUGCUGUCACAUCUUGCUGUCUAGUGGCUUUUAUUUUCUUUGGUUAUGACCAAGGAGUCUUCAGUGGCAUUGUUAGGAAUGAAGAACGGAGGAAACAAGUCGGUUAUCCUGAUGACUCGGAAGAGGGUAUCAUUGUUACCCUAAGCCCUAAAGCCCUUUAUUCCGAAGUCUUGUUCGCCGCUGUCGGCAUUGUCGUAGCAUACUGGUUCGACAUGUCCUUCGUCGGCGGACCUAUCGUCUGGCGACUACCUAUUGCCAUGCAAAUCAUUUUUGCCAUCUUGGUUAUCGUGUUGAUAUUUGGCCUACCCGAGUCCCCUCGAUGGCUCGUGAAUCACGGACAGGAACAAGAAGCCAUGGAAGUUCUAUGUGCUGUAUAUGAUCGUGAGCCAUAUGACGAUUUCAUCGUCAAUGAGCGUGGAGGGACCAUGUCUGCUAUUGAAAUAAAAGAUGCGUCUUUCUGGAAGAUCUUCCGGAAUGACGAAGUGAAGAUUGGCCAACGAGUGCUCCUCGCUUGGGGCAUACAGCUCAUGAACCAGGUUGGUGGAAUCAACUUGGUCAUAUACUUCGUACCGCAACCUGCAUCUUGA